AUGCGCAUUGGAACACUCCUGUUCGCUCUUUGGAGCUACCUUCUCGUCUCCGUCAGUGCAGCUCCGACUGUUGAAAGCCGUGAUUUCAUUGGCGAUGUUAUCAACGCCCUCGGGCUCGGGCUUGUCACCAAAAUCAAUUCUUUCCUCACCCUAGAUACUUUGACGACCAACCUUAUCUCCAUCAACUUUGAUGGUACCGUUAAAAACCCCUUCAUCCUCCCAAUUAAAGCUGAACCCCUUCAAGUUAAGAACCCGCUUAUUCUGGAGCUCACCAUCGAUCGUGUCGUCAGCUCUGCUGGGAUCAACGGAACGGUCUACGCUACAUUCGACCACAAGUUCCCGGGAGGAUUCGUCGUUCCUCCCUUGAAGACCAACAAUUCGGGAACUGUCGACAACGUCCUCCUCACGCAGGGAGCUAUGGCCUCCCUCGACAUUAUUCCCUUGGGAGUAUUGGACCUCAUCACGACGGAUGUGUAUCUUCGUGCUGCUACCAUCAAGGGAAAGCUCGGUAUCCCUAUCCCCAUCACUGGAUUGAAACAGAGCAAUGUACCUACAACGUACACCUUCAAUUUCUGA